AUGUUCAAGCGUAAAAGCAGCAAAGGAUAUGUAAAUAUAGAGUACCAAUGCACAAUAAGAUUUUUGGAUGAAUCUGACCCGAUCACAGCUAGUUUUCAGAAAGAAACAAAGGGUCAGGAGUUGUUGGACCAUGUCUGCAAGUAUCUCAACCUUGUGGAGAAAGACUACUUUGGACUUCGAUAUGUGGAUGAUGAGAAACAAAGACAUUGGCUGAAUCCAUUGAAAUCUGUCCAUAAACAAUUAAAAAAUGUUCAUCCCAUGGUGAUGUGUUUUCGGGUGAAAUUCUACCCUCCUGAUCCAAUGAAACUGAAGGAGGAAAUUACAAGGUACUUCCUGUUUCUACAGUUACGUCGUGAUCUGCAACACGGAAGACUGCUCUGUUCUCCCGCUGAUGCCAAUUUAUUAGCUGCUUAUAUAUUACAGUCGGAAGUUGGCGAUUAUGACCCAGAGGAUCACCCUCCCGAGUAUGUCAGUGAAUUCAAGAUGCUGCCCAAGCAGACUGAAAAAAUGGAGGAAAAGAUUGCAGAAAUCCACAAAGGUUUCCAGAGUCAAGAAAUUGUCCCAUCAGUUGCUGAGGAGAAGUUCCUGAUCAAAGCUGCCACCCUUGACACAUAUGGCGUCGACCCUCACCCCGUCAAGGAUCAGAAAGGGAACCAGAUGUACUUGGGGGUCACCCAUCUUGGCAUUGUGACCUUCCAAGGUAAUAGGAGGACUCAUCUCUUCAAGUGGACAAGCAUCAACAGAAUUGCUUUUGAGGGCAAGAUGUUCAUAGUACACGUCACAAUCGCAGAGAAAAAGCAUGCAUGUGGAUUUAAAUGCCAAACUUUUGCUGCGUGCAAGCACCUCUGGAAAUGUGCAGUUGAGCAGCAGUACUUUUUCACUUUGAAUAAAUCGGCUGAUGCCCCUAAGGUGACAUCUGGUGGAGGUUUCUUUACCCGGAGAUCAAAGUUCAGAUACAGUGGACGUUGUCAGAAGGAAGUAGUCUCAGAGUCAGAAGUCAUCAAUCGAGAACCUCCGGAAUUCACCAGGUCCCAGUCAGUCCCACACUUCCCACGCCAUGUUAGUAAAUCCACGAGUCGACCUAACUCCUUGAUCAGCAAUUCAGCCAUCGAGGAAAUAGAGACAGCUCAAUCAGUCCCAGAUGUCAUGAGUCGGUCUCUCGAGGCAGAGGUUAGAGCUCCAAUUGCACCAGAGGAGCUCUCCAUUCCUGAAGAAGAGGAGGUGAAAAUCUCGGAUACGACUUAUGAACCAAACAAGUCAGCUGCCGCUACUCCAGACCAGGAGGAACCACCACAGGAUCUCGCCUCUGAUAAUACUACACCAGAAAAUUUAGAUGCUCAAAUUGAAGUUUUACAAAAAGAAUUAGAGGAAGCUAAAUCGAUGAAUCAUUCAGGUGAAAAGGCUGAUGUUCCGGAUGAAGAGCAAACUUCUGUUAUGACAACUGAACCAAUUGUAGAGCACUCAAAGGACAAUGGUGUGGUCAACACAGAUAAACCCCAAGAUGAUAUAAAACCCGACUCAAGUAGAAGCACAUUGAAAACUGUCGCUGCAGUCAUCACCCUAUUGCUGGUAGUUGCAUUAGUGGGGAUGGUUCUUGUCAUGGAGACUGACUACAAGUUGCCACUGGUUAGUGAAAUGAGAGGCUGGCCAGAAACAAAAGCAUUUCGGGCAAGUUACUAUGAUCCUGCACGAAACUAUGUCACGAAAAUGUGUGGAUCAUCCUAAUUAUGAUUGUUAAUGAUAGGUAUUUCAAAACCAUAGCAUUAAAUGCUAAAGAACAUUGAUGGUUUGAUUGGCUCUUUGAAACUUCUAGAAAUCCCAAAUGAUUUUGUAGCAUUACAGUAAUUCUGUAUUGAAGAGUUUUGCAAUGGCUAUUUAAUUUGUUAAAACUGAAAAAUAGGGAUUAUUUAAACAUUGCAUAUUUACAUGUAUUUUUAUGAGGAAAUGGGACUCGCUUUCUGUAAAAGGCCACCAUAUAUCAGCAGUAUAGUUCUAUAUUUCCUUAUAUAGUAUUUGUAUCCUUACAUGGGGAGUGGGAUGUGUAAAAUGAGACAACUUCAUUUUAAGUCAAUAUACAAGGAACCAUGACAUCAGAUGCCUCACAAAAUUUAGAUUGCCCUAAUUUUUUGUUUAUGUGACUGACAUGUGUUGUACUGAUGUUUUUAUGGAGUACAAUUUAACAGUCUUUUUGCCACUUUGAACUAUAUUUCAGUUAAAAUAUGUGAAUAAUUAUGCCUUUUCUUAUGAUUCCUUGUAUUAUUAAAUUUAGCCAUAAUUUUAGUCAACCUAUUUAUAUUAAUUGAUGCUAAUUUUCGUUAUACAUAAGAUAUGUACAUUCUAUAUAUUAUACAUAUUUACAAUUUUUGAAAAAGGUGAUAUGUUGUGCAUUUUGAAGGUGCCCAAUUGUAUAUGGGAGCAGUGCAAUCUCAGUUACUAUGGCGACGAUAUUUAAACAACAAUAGUGUAUGUUAUUGUGUGUAAUAAUUUUUAUUAUUUGAUGAAAUUCGAAAAGGAUGACUCUUGAAUGAUUAAAUGUAUUGAAAUUUUCUUUGCUAGGCUUCAUAGUUUUAAUGCUUGAAUGAGACUCUAUGGGUGCUAUAUUUCU